AUGAUCGACUACGUUUUCCAUUCGCUGUCGUCGCAGUACGGCAUCCCGUCCGACUAUCUAAAGUUGGCGGCAUGUCUGUUUGUGUCAUAUGCGUUGAGUCCGCUGCUGCCACUGCUGCCGUCAGCGUCGCUCCGUCAUCUGAUGAAUAUUAGCUUGUCGAUGUUUUUCCUGGUCAGCGUCAUGAAGCUGUACAGCGGCACGGCGCAGCUCGUUGCGACCUCGCUCGUUGUAUACGGUAUUGUCAAGUUCCGCAUUGGUGGCAAAAACAUGCCGUGGGUCGCCUUCAUCUUCGAGAUGGCCCAUAUGCUCUUUACACACCUCGCGCGCCAGCUGAACAAUGUGCCGUUGACCACAAUCGAGAUCUCGGCGAUGCACAUGGUUCUGUGCAUGAACCUCACCGCGUUCGCAUGGGAGUGCUACGACGGCCAAAUGCGCACAGUCGACGAGUGCGACGAGGCGCAGCGAAAAGACCGCAUCACCGAGAUGCCUUCGCUCCUUGCCUUUUUCGGAUACUGCUUCUAUUUCCCUGGUGUGCUGGUCGGCCCCUCGACGCGCUUCGAGGACUACAACCGGUGGGCGAAAGGAGAACUGUACCUCCCGUCCAAGACGCCUCCGCCGGGCCGGCUGUGGUACUCGCUCAAGGAUGUCGCCUUUGGCGUGCUGUGCCUCGGCCUGCAGGCGCUCACCAUGGACAAACUUAGCUACGCUCGUCUCGCCAAUGCGGCCGACCCGAUCCAAAAGACCUCGCUGCUGAACCGCAUCUGGUUCGUCCAGCUGUGUGGGCUCGGCGCGCGUUUCCGUUACUAUGGCAUUUGGAGUCUGUCGAACGCGGCGUGUGUCCUCUCGGGCCUCGGCUACAACGGCAUGAGCUCCGAGACAAACACGGCGCUCUGGACGCGCUGCAAGAACGUGUUUGUGAUCCGCAUCGAGUUUGCCAACAACUGGAAGGAGCUCAUGGACUCGUGGAACGCCAACACGAACGUGUGGUUGCGCAACAAUGUGUACAAGCGCAUAGUUAUCCCUGGCAAGCGCCCCGGUUUCAAGAGCACGAUGACGACCUUUAUGGUGAGCGCCUUUUGGCACGGCAUCUCGCCGGGCUACUACCUGACGUUUUUGCUUGGCGGCCUGUACCUGUAUGUCGCGCGCCUCCUGCGCCACAGCCUGCGCCCCGUCUUUUUCGCCAACACACGGACGCCGAACCCGACGCUGUUUACGCUCGACAAAUACACAGUUUCUCAGGUUCUCUACUCGCUCGCAUCGGUGAUGGUCGUCCAGAUGUCGGUCAACUUUGCCGCCCUCUCGUUCCUGGUGCUCUCUGCCAAGGCCUCGGUGCGGGCUUGGGCGAAUGCAGGCUACUACGGCAUCAUCCUGCUCGUCGUGCCCAUCAUUGCCUUCCAGCUCGGCCUCGGCAAGGCGCUCAAGCGAUUCCACCAAGCUCCGGAGGCGAUCCCCAAGAAGAAGAACUAA